UAUUGAGUCGUACCUGCGUGGAGUGACGUUUGCCCCGCACAGCCGUGCCACUGCCUUUCCGACAAGUGGGGUUCCGCGAUAUUCUUGUUGACGCUCCCCCGACGCGAUCUCCAGAGAAGAAAAUAAUUAUACAAUGCUCAUCGGGCUAUGUGGCGGCAUUUGUGCGGGGAAGCAUGCCAUAGCAGAGUACCUGAUUCGCGAGCAUGGUUUCCAAUUGCUUGCGUUGGAGAAUAAAGAUUCCGCCCAGAUUUCAGAUGAUCCGGAGGACAAGGCUCGCCUGCAAACCUGUGGCCCGAGACACGAGCUCAAACCUAAGAAUCAACUGAGAUUUGACUCAAUUGACGUGUUUUUGGACUUCGUCACAAAGCGGUGGACGGAGCGUUGGGUGACCACCGAUAUCUGGGAUUGUACAGUUCUGGAAAAACUGCUCCUGCGGCCCUUCUUUUUGCUCGUAAGUGUAGAUGCACCGCUGGGUCUACGGUGGCAAAGAUUUAGUAGAAGAUGUCGGCAACACCAGUUGGAGCCUCCAAGCCUCGAAAAGUUCUUGCUCUGGAGCGAUCGACACUUAUAUGACAAAGACAUUGGCCAGGCUUACCUAACAGACCGAGCUGCAGUACGACUUUUCAACCCAUCGUCUUCACUGAACGAGCUAUACGCAGCUCUCGAAGUCCUUGAUCUACGGAAUGAAGAGCGUUUGCGACCAACAUGGGACCACUAUUUCAUGCAGCUGGCGUCUCUUGCCGCUCAAAGAAGCAAUUGUAUGAAGCGGAGAGUUGGCUGUGUCAUUGUACGAGACCGUCGGGUCAUAAGCACUGGCUACAACGGCACUCCUCGAAAUAUCACCAACUGCAAUGAAGGAGGAUGCCCCCGGUGUAAUCGGGGAGAGGGCGGAGGCGCCGGCCUCUCGACGUGCCUCUGUAUCCAUGCCGAAGAAAAUGCACUUUUAGAGGCGGGAAGAGAGAGGAUCAGAGAGGGUGCCAUUUUGUAUUGUGAUACAUGUCCAUGUUUGACGUGCACGGUUAAAAUCGCCCAAGUUGGGAUAUCUGAAGUUGUUUACUCCAAGGGUUAUAACAUGGACAAGGAGAGCGCCGCGAUCCUCAAUGCUGCUGGCGUUAAUCUCCGUCAGCUUUCUCUGCCUCCAAACGGGUUGACGUGUCUUUAGAACUCGGAACCUCGGGCAAACUUGUGUGCAACGUUGGUACCAUGCAUUAUAUACUAUUGGAGGUGGAUCUAGAUAAACACUUGGCAAAUUUGAGACGCUUCAUAACGCAUAGGAAAAAUAACCUGAAUUUUAACGUUGUGUCGGUGAAUGAGAAGCCGAAAGUAGUAGUAGUAGUAGUAGUAGUAGUAGUAGUAGUAGUAGUAGUAGUAG